CUUCCUAGUACAAUCGCAAGUACUCGAGAAACAGAGGCUGCAGUUGUUGGCAACUUGUGUUCGGACUUCGGAGUACGAUUCCCAAUCAUCCGGCUUCAGCUUACGCUAUCUGAGACAUGGCCUUUGAGGUUUGCAAAACGUCAACUCUCUUUCGGCCCAAAAGGGGUUCGCACUGUUUGUGCGUUUGACGUUUUCCGGGCUUCGCUGAAGCCUUUACUGCAGAGUUCUUGGGGCUGCCUGCGGAUGCCGAUCGGGAGGGACGAUGUUGGGGAUAGCGGGGAUAUUUUCAGACGACUGGCCAUGCAGUUCCAUCGCAGACGACGUCCUCUGGACUGAACUGAGGGAGCGCAGUUUCGCAGUCCUCUCCGCAUGCUUUGUUUGAUCUCGAACAGCAUCAGCAGCUCCGUUCUCCAUGUCGAGAUGAGACGACAAGAUGGCUCCAUUAAAUGACUGUGAAAUCAUAGUGAAGAUCCCGCUCACCGUCAACAGAUACUCCGGCUUCUCCACUGCUUAAACUGAAGAUCUCAGUAGGCUUGCAAGCCGCCCGACUACAACUGGCAGAAGCUAUGGCCGAGGGGUCGAGGUAGUUGCUCUCCCUAAGGGUGACAGUGUUAUGAUCACGGUAUCGACUCUCGAAGUUUCACGCGAAAGUACUCGGUACUACAAACGUAUAUAUCAUGAUUGUACUUCUCUCUCCCGCCUCUUCCUCCCACCACGUCCGAGAAAUUCUUCUCGGCUGUCACAGCGUACAGCACGUCACACUCCCAUAUAUUCCAGAUUACGAAGGUACUGGGUCAAGGAUGUGGAAAGUUUGGAGGACUACAGUCGAACCAGGCAAAGUGAACGAUUUCUCCAAAUGAGAAAUCUCUGAAGAACUAUAGCUCAUCGUGAGCCCUGCAAAUACACAGGGCAAUAUUAAUUAGUUCAGAUUUUGCAUUAGUUGAAGGACCAGUCCGACUUGUAGCUGCUAAAAAAUAAAUAUAUCGCAUUUCCUCAUCAG